AUGUUCAAGCUCUCGAUAGCAUUGAUCACCAUCUUUUCAAGUGUAUGCGCUGGCGCGACCUGGAUCAAUAGAGAUGCUACUGCCCGACCCUUGUACGGUGAAACAGGUCUACCCAACUCUACCGACAUAACCAGACGUGACUCGAAAACACCAUGGGAAAUAACGUUAUACACCUUGACAUGGGAUAUGCCCGUAUUCCUCAGUUCGCUCAUCACCUUCGAAGGAGAUCCCAACUCUGUCCAAGAAGUGGAUGGAUUGAGAUUGGAAGAUAACGGAUUACCUUGGUGGCCCGAAGCAUUACUUGAUAGUAUCAAACAAACCAAUAACCAGCAAGAUAUCAUGACAUUACCUAUCGAACAACUCAUGUUACUUUUCACUGGUAGACCCGCAAAGGUAUAUGAGAAUUCGGAUUUCGAAAUUUUGUAUGGUCAAGAUUACAAGCAAAACUCACAGAUUCUAGAGGUUAAUUUCGCCAAGGAAGGUAAAGAAUCACAAGAAGUUGAGAGAAUACCUGUUUGGGAUAAAGAUUGGUCUGAUGGGGAUGGCACAAUCAAUACAAUCAGAAUCAGAAAUUUAAACUACGAGCUAGUCAAAUUCAAUGCCGAUACUCCCAAUGUAAAGACAUACAAGAUGUACACUUUUGAUAAAUACGUUACAUUUCCCGAUGAAGAUUUUGUACAGAAGUGA